AUGAUAAUCCCAUAUAUGAUUAAAGUAGCUAAAGAAGGUGUAAAAGUACUUGGACGAUGUGGUAGUUUUGAGGAUCCAACUGAUUUUGUUUGUGAGCAAUGGCCAUGGUUAGAAGGUUCUGCUGCUGAACAUAUUCUACAACGAUUAUCACCAAUCAAAGAAUCAAUAUCAAAUCAUUCAAAUAAUACUCAAUUUGAUCCAUUAGAAGCAUUGAUUCGAAUUCAGGCUAAUAAUGCUAAUUCACAACAAGAAAUGGUGCAAUAA